AUGCGUCAAAGAUCUUUGUACGUGAUUACCACUGCACUCCUGUGUGCCGUUGUGUUCAUUCUUGGAGUAUCUGCAAGAGCUGGAUGCAACCAUGACAUUUCCACUUGGACAAGUGAGCAGCUGCAUGGCUUUAUGGACAAGUAUGGAAUUACGCGUCAUCCCAAACACAAGAGCGUGAGCCAAUCUGUGGCCGAUACUGUAAAGUACUACAAGGAUGCUGCUGCUACGAAUGCCGAAAUCUUUGGUACCAAAGUUGAUCAUGUUGUUGAUGGUCUCAAGAACAAAUUGGAGCAACAGCGACAGCUUUCUGAAAACAACAUUGCCAAUGUGAUUGAGGGUAUCCAACAUCGUUUACGCCGACUUGAAUUGCAAGGUGAAUUAUCACGAGAUCGUGUUGCCGAAACACUCGAUCGCAUGCAUCGUGAAGCUGUCCAAAAGAAGAUUGUUACAGAAGGCCAAUGGAAUGAUAUUUACAAUGACGUGCUUUCAUCCUUUGAACAACGCCAAGCUUGGUAUCAACGUGUGAUCAGCCGUAAGACCGAUGAGGCCUCUAGCUCAUUGAAUCGUUGGUUGCGAGGUGUGCACGAUCGUCUUGUCACGUCGGCAAGUUUGACCGAGAAACAGGCAAAUGAUGUCAUUGCAAACUUGAGAAACUCCCUUGUAUCAACCACCGAUGUAUCCAACUUGGGCAACAAGCGUUUUUAUCAUCAUUUGAAGCAUGAGCUCCAAAAGAAGGGUGAUUUGAGAAAGGACCAAAUCAAGCUUGUGAUGGAUCAAUUACAAGACGACGUUACUGCUUACAAGGUGUUUGCUAUGGAUUAUCUUGGUGACAAGUAUUCGAAUGCACAAGAAUGGGCCGAUGACAUGGGUCGUAAGAUCAAGGAUACUGGUUCAUACACAAUGGAUCGUGUUUAUGACUGGAUCAAUUACAUCGAUGGUCAUGUGCGAGCUUACCUGCCAACGGUCCUUGGUGGCCAUCGCGAGUUUUAUGAGAAGGAUAUGCAUAAUGCAAAGGACUCGGCAUACGACACCAUUCGCUCUGCUGUCAGCUCUGUUGCAGCUGAUUGGAAGGGAUCUGCAUCCGCUGCUGCUCGUUCCAAGGCAUCUAUUGAAGCUGAAGUUUCAUCAAGUGCAUCCUCCCUUCACGGUGAAGCAACUGACACCAUCAAUAGCUGGCACAAGCAAUUCUCCGAUUUUUGGUACGAUCAAGAGCGAGAGUUUUAUCGUCGAAUGGGUUACACCGAAGCCCAAAUUGAAUGGGUGCAACGUUAUCUUAGCAAGGUGUUCAAUGAUGAAAAGGCUCUUACCAAGUCUCAAGUCGACCGUGCUUUGGAAAACAUUGCUCAUUACCUUGAGGACACACGAACACAAUCCCGGGCACAGGUGCAACACCAAAUUGAUCAACUUCGUUUGUUGAUUGAACAAUGGCGCCAUAAAGCUUGUGAAAAGGGUCAUUGUUACUAG